CCCCCGGCGCGUGGCCGACCCGGCGCGCAGACCCCGGCCCCGGCCUCGGCCCUGCGCCCAGCCCCAGCCCCCGCCGCGGCCCCGGCCCCGGCCUCGCCCCUGCGCCCAGACCCAGCCCCGGCCCCGGCCUCGCCCCUGCGCCCAGCCCCAGCCCCCGCCGCGGCCCCGGCCCCGGCCUCGGCCCUGCGCCCAGACCCAGCCCCCGCCGCGGCCCCGGGACCGGCCUCGCCCCUGCACCCAGACCCAGCCCCGGCCCCGGCCUCGGCCCUGCGCCCAGCCCCAGCCCCGGCCCCGGCCCCGGCCCCGGCCUCGCCCCUGCGCCCAGACCCAGCCCCCGCCGCGGCCCCGGCCCCGGCCUCGGCCAUGCGCCCAGCCCCCGCCGCGGCCCCGGCCUCGCCCCUGCGCCCAGCCCCGGCCCCUGCGCCCAGCCCCCGCCGCGGCCCCGGCCCUGGCCUCGGCCCUGCGCCCAGCCCCCGCCGCGGCCCCGGCCUCGCCCCUGCGCCCAGCCCCGGCCCCUGCGCCCAGCCCCCGCCGCGGCCCCGGCCCCGGCCUCGCCCCUGCGCCCAGCCCCGGCCCCGGCCCCGGCCCCGGCCUCGCCCCUGCGCCCAGCCCCCGCCGCGGCCCCGGCCCCGGCCCUGCGGCCCCGGCCUCGCCCGCCCCCCCCUUCCCGCCGCGGACUGACGCGGAGGCCCGGCCUGGGCGGCCGCCGACCCCGCGAGCGCCCGUUCCCUCAGCGAGCGUGGCUCCCCACCGCCCCACACCUUCUCCUCAUGGCGGACGCUCCAGGCAGCCGGGUCCCGACCUAGGCUCCUCCACACCGACCGAGAGCGCCAGACACAGCCAGCGCCGACGAGCUCGCUCCGCGGCGGAGGACAGCGCUAGGAAACUACUCCGCGAGCCGUUGCGCCCGGCAGAAUUUCAAACCCAGCGGAAAGGCGGAGCGGCGCUGCGAUUG